AUGACAACAAAUCUCCUCAUCGCAGCGCUCAAUACAACAACUAGCCGUCCACCUGAUGAUACUCCGACACCACUAUGGAUUGGCUAUCUGUCUGUAAUCAUUGCUGUCCUAUUCUUUGGCACGAAUCUCGUUCCGGCUGGCAAAUAUCCAAUCGGUGAUGGAUUAUCAUUUCAAUUUUUUAUGUGUUGUGGAAUUUGGGUCACUGGUCUAGUUAUCGAUUUAUUCGUCAAAAGUCCACAAUUUUACCCGCUAGUGUUAAUUGGUGGCAUUUUAUGGACAACAGGAAAUAUUCUCAGUCUUUUGGUGAUUCGCAUCAAUGGUCUCGGAAUGUCCAUGUUACUUUGGUGUACAACCAAUAUGCUUAUCGGAUGGGCAAGUGGACAUUUUGGUUGGUUUGGGCUAAUUCCAGAGGAUGUUGAGAAACCGUAUUUGAACUACAUUGGUGUAGCAAUUGCUACUAUCAGUGGAGCGGUCUUUUUGGCGAUACGAACGAUUCGGCCGGAAGAAAUUUCCGUGGAUAUCGAAGAACGACAGCCUAUUCUUCAACCAUCGCCACCCGUUGUAAUAACGACAAGUAACGAUGCACUAAUUGAAACAACAACAAUAACAACACCUGCUUCACCACCGACAAAAAUGUAUUUACGUGUGAUCGGUUGCUUCCUUGCUAUUCUAGCCGGCGUUCUGUUCGGAUUUAUUUUCAUUCCAAGCACCUAUAUACAAGAUCAUCCGUACGGUCAAUAUCAAUCAGCCUCGAAAAAUGGCCUUCACUAUGUUUUUGCCAUGUAUUCCGGCAUUUUCUUUUCGUCCAUGUUUUAUUUUAUCAUCUACAUUGCUUACAAAGGUAAUCGUCCAUACCUUCAUGUUCCAAGUAUUUUUCCUGGAAUUCUCUCUGGAAUUAUGUGGGGCAUAGCCCAAGCUGGCUUUCUCGUUGCUAAUAGUGUUCUCAGUCAAACAAUCUCGUUUCCAUUGAUAACAAUUGGGCCUGGUACAAUUGCUAUUUUCUGGUCGAUCUUUUAUUUCAAAGACAUAUCUGGUCAACGCAAUUAUCUGAUUAUCAUUGGAGGAACUUUACUUCGUAUUAUCUCAGCUGUACUCAUUGUGCUUUCUAAGCCGAUCCCACAUUAA